CAAACAAGUUUUUGGGAAAGCCAAGAAGUUCAAGAAAGCUCCUUUUUAACACUUGAACAAUUUUAUUUUCUUCCCAUACAAAUAUUACACAAAGGGACUAUUAUGGUUGGUGUGUUAGCUCAUCUUCUCACCUCCCUCUCUAGAUAUUGAUUCUCUACCCUCUUUUCAUCUCAUUCUACUAUGGAACUACCGGUCUCGACACCGGAUUCUGGUGGCAAGAAGAAAGGUUCUUAUACUAUAGAAACAAGAAAUCUUUCCUAUGCACUACCUAGUUUAUAUGAUGAGGUAAGUGGGAUUUUUUGCUGCAAGAAUCCUAAGAGGCCUCAGAAGUUCAUCAUAAAGGAUGUAAAUUGUGAAGCAAGGCCAGGAGAGAUUACAGCUAUUGCAGGUCCUAGUGGGGCAGGAAAAACAACACUACUAGAGAUUCUUGCAGGGAAAAUAUCACCAACAAAAGUUACUGGAGAGGUACUAGUUAAUGGUCAUCCUGUGAAUGCCAAGUGUUUUCGGAGAUUAUCGGGUUAUGUGACACAAGAAGAUGCCCUGUUUCCUCUGCUCACAGUUGAAGAAACACUCAUGUAUAGUGCUCUUCUGAGGCUACAAGGUGGAAAAAAAGAGGCUGCAAAUAGAGUUGGAGUGUUGAUCAAGGAGCUUGGUUUGGAACAGGUUGCUGGUGCAAGAGUUGGGGGAGGAGCAAACAGGGGAAUUUCGGGUGGUGAAAGGCGAAGGGUGUCGAUUGGAGUUGAGUUAGUACAUGAUCCUGCUGUCAUUCUCAUUGAUGAGCCAACUUCUGGGCUGGAUUCAGCAUCAGCACUUCAUGUUAUAUCACUUCUUCAAGUGAUGGUAGCUCAUCAAGGCAAGACAAUUGUCUUGACUAUCCAUCAACCUGGUUUUCGGAUUCUUGAACUGUUUGAUAGACUUGUUUUGCUCUCGAAUGGGGGUGUACUUCACAAUGGCUCCUUGGAGCAUCUCGAAGAGAGGAUCAAGUUUUCCGGUCUCCAGAUUCCACCCCACAUCAAUGUGCUUGAAUUUGCCAUCGAUGUCGCAGGCAGCAUUGUCAUUCAAACUUCAGAAACUCCCAAUGUCCAUUUCCAUAUCAAGGAUCAUGGCGAAAAGAAGGAAAGUCUAAGAAAAGAUGAUGAGGGAUUUACAAUUUCCAACCACAAUGACAUGGUAGAGAACUGUCCUUCUUACGCAAAUUCCUACGUUGAGGAGAUUUCAAUACUAGGAGGAAGAUUUUGCAAGAACAUAUUCAGAACCAAGCAACUCUUUGCAACCAGAAUAAUACAAGCAUUGGUAGCAGGCUUUAUACUGGGAUCAAUAUUUAUGAAUGCUGACAACAAUCUAGGGCAGGUUGCUUUACAAACAAGACUAGGAUUCUUCGCAUUCAGUCUAACAUUCUUGCUGUCCACCAUGACAGAAGGUUUACCAAUUUUCUUACAAGAGAGAACUAUCUUUAUGAGGGAGACUUCAAGAGGAGCAUACAGAGUAUCCUCUUAUGUUGUGGCAAACACAAUUGUCUUUCUUCCAUUCCUCUUAAUGGUUGGGCUUCUCUACACUGUCCCGGUUUACUGGCUCGUUGGUCUAAGGGGAAGCAUGGAUGGGUUCCUCUACUUUGCUAUGGUGGUCUGGAUAGUUCUCUUAAUGUCAAAUUCUUUCACUGCGUGUUUCAGCGCACUUGUCCCAACCUUCAUCAUGGGAACAUCUAUUAUAGCUGGCUUGAUGGGGUCUUUCUUCCUGUUCUCAGGCUAUUUCCUUUCAAAAGAGAAGAUACCUAGUUACUGGAUCUUCAUGCACUACCUAAGUCUGUUUAAGUACCCGUUCGAGUGCUUCUUGAUAAAUGAGUAUGGAGGCAAGGGAGGGAAAAGAUGUUUAGAAAGUGAAAGAGGAGAGUGCAAAUUGUUCGCCAUUGACUUCUUGAAACAGCAAGACCUCAAAGAAUCACUGAAAUGGACCAACUUAGCAGUGAUGCUGAGUUUCAUCUUGGGUUACAGAGUUCUCUGUUAUCUAAUUUUGUGGUGCAGAUGUUACAGAACCAGAAAUUAGGCUUUUCAUUCUUUUGUAUUUCUACAGUUUUCAUUUGUUCUUUUUCUGAUUAUUAAAUUGAUUGGGCAAGUACAUGUAGUUUACACUGAAGAAGAUGCAUUAGUCAUUGAGGUGAAUAUUCAUUUUUCAUGUUCAGAGUUCAUAUGAAAUAAAAAAUUCCUACUGUUAUAAUUCUGUAA